AUGUGUGUGCCACCAACGCUCGGUCAUCUCUGUUUAUGGCAGCCGAUGCAACGUGGAAAUUUCAGUAUCAGUACUCCCGGUUCGCACGAUUGUUACCGAAAACUGGCACCUUGCGGUGGUUAUAAUUCCUCAACAUCGAAACAACGAACCACUCUCGAAGCUGGCACAAUGUACAGCGUUCGGUUUCAACAACAUUUGAAUCAUUAUUACCCGCCAAAUCCCGGCACACUUGAUAUCUCAUUUGCUGUGGGACUGGAUCCACCGGAGCAGGACUUUCGAACGUUGGUCUCCUUCAACGACUACAAUCCAAUGAAUCAUAACACACAAACAAACUUUUCAAUUCCAAUUCAAUUGCCAAACCAGCAGUGUGACCAGUGUGUUUUGCGGGUGCGCUAUCUGACGAAUAAUGCAGAUGAGGAAGACCAGGGGAAAACAUUUCAUCAGUGUUCUGAUAUUCAAUUAACAAAAAGCCCUACAAAUGCUAUACAUCCAGUCUUCGAUGAAAAACCACCAGCCAAGCAGCAGAAGAACGAUCCGCACGACUGUUGCACGCCUCCAAGUUUCCAGACGUACUUCAUCCAUCAUAUACCGGACAUUGAUUACACCAGUUCAGGUGUGAUCUACUAUGAUCAGCCGUCUGAGCAGAUGCGUAUUUCGCUCCAGGCUGAUGGCGUCAAGUACAACAUGUGGAUGAAUUUCACGUCGGGCAUGCAAUAUUAUCAUAAUGUAAAUAAUAAAACUUGUAUUCUCUUCGGACUGGAUCUGUGGAACGACUGGUGUUACGGAAACACAUUUAAUCAGAGUGAAGAUUUUCUGGCGGCGAAUGUAUCGUGUUCAAGCAGUACAUUUGCGUUUUGUAAUCAAUGGCAAAAUGGAGAUUUCCUAUUUGAGUCAAGUUCGCCAGGAUGCUAUCCAGCUGCUUUGAGUCGGACGUCGAGCGCGGAGCGAACUGCUUAUUUCGGUGCAAAGAACGGUCCGUUUCCAAAGGAAGUAUUUCAGCCGGACCCGAUCUGUUUGAAACAGACAGUAAUGAAACAUGCGCAUAAUCCAUCGGCUACGCUCUUGAAACAUUUGCUUCAGGAACACAAAAUCUUGUUGGACUAA